CAGCACCCCCAUCCCCACCCCCCCAAAUCUCCUCUCUCUCCUCUCCUCUCCUCUCCUCGCGUAUAAAGCCGGCGGCCGCUUCUCCGUCAAGCUCCCCCCCUCCAUGACGCCUCGCUCCUCCGCCGCCGCCUCCGCCUCCGCCUCCGCCGCCGCCGCGGCACAGCGUCGGAAACCCUAGCCUGCGCGGGGGCGGCCGGAGGACAGGGAGGUUGUUUGUUUGUUUGUGUGUAUCAUACGGAUACGGCGGCAUGGCCAGCGGCGCCGAGUCGUGCGGCAGCCGCGGGGGGGAGUCGCCACCACCGCCGCGGACGCGGGGGGCGUCGGCGGGGGGCAGGCGGCGGAAGGCGGAAGCCUACCGCGAGGUUCUCCGCCGGAUCCGCGGGGGCGGCGGCGCGCUCGACGACGACGAGCUCUGGGCCCACUUCUACAGCCUCCCCGCCAGGUAUGCUUUGGAUGUGAAUGUCGAGCGGGUUGAUGAUGUUCUACUGCACAAGAGGUUGCUUGACCAGGCCCGUGAACCAAUGAAUGGGCUGGUCUUCGAUGUUCGUCGUUCGCAGGCUGCUACUCUGGAUGGAAGCACUGAAGUUGAGCAAUCAACUUCCUUUAAGCAUGAAGUACAAGAUCCUCAGUGCUCAUCGUUCACAUCGAGAGACCAAAGGUGUUUCCAUGAAAUUAUAUUUGCAUGUGACGAUAAGCCUAAGCUUCUUAGCCAGCUAACCGCUCUACUUGGGGAACUUGGCCUUAACAUCCAAGAAGCACAUGCAUUUUCGACGAGUGAUGGCUAUUCUCUUGACAUCUUUGUUGUCGAUGGCUGGAGUCAUGAGGUCGAUGUUCUACGAGAUGCAUUAAGGAGAGGAGUUGAAAAGAUAAAGUACAAAGCAUGGCCAUUGGUUCAGUCCAUGCCUACUAGGACAGGUCACGAGCUAAUGGAGGAUUCUCCUCCAGCUGAUUUUGUCCAGAUUCCAGCUGAUGCAACUGAUGUUUGGGAAGUUGAUCCAAGGCUUCUAAAAUUUGAACGAAAAUUAGCAUCUGGAUCAUUUGGUGAUCUAUACCAUGGGACAUACUGUAGUCAAGAUGUAGCAAUCAAAGUACUCAAGCCUGAGCGGGUCAGCGUUGAUAUGCUGCGUGAGUUUGCACAGGAAGUAUAUAUAAUGAAAAAGGUUCGUCACAAGAAUGUUGUGCAAUUUAUUGGUGCAUGCACCAGACCACCUAUUUUGUGUAUAGUUACAGAGUUCAUGCGUGGAGGAAGUAUUUUCGACUUUCUUUACAAUUUUAGAGGAACUUUUCAGCUCCCUGAUGUGUUAAGAAUUGCCUCUGAUGUAUCCAAGGGGAUGAACUACCUGCAUCAAAUUAACAUUGUCCACAGGGACUUAAAGACUGCUAAUCUUCUUAUGGAUGACCAGGUUGUCAAGGUUGCAGACUUUGGAGUAGCCAGAGUUAAAGACCAGUCAGGAGUUAUGACUGCAGAAACAGGAACCUAUAGAUGGAUGGCUCCUGAGGUCAUCGAGCACUUGCCCUACGAUCAGAGAGCAGAUGUUUUCAGUUUCGGGAUAGUUAUUUGGGAGCUGCUGACUGGAAAGCUUCCUUAUGAAGAUAUGACGCCUCUUCAAGCAGCCGUUGCCGUUGUCCAAAAGGAUCUGAGACCUAUCAUUCCUGCUGAUACUCAUCCUAUGCUUGCUGGUCUACUUCAGAAAUGCUGGCAGAAAGAUCCAGCUCUAAGACCAACUUUUUCAGAGAUUCUUGAUAUACUAAAUUCUAUAAAGGAGCAGGCUGUUCGAAGUUCUGGACAUCAGAAGAGACACUCAGGUCGAUCUUAUUCCAGGCAGAGACGAAGCGGUUGAUGCAGCAAUUUUCCUUUUUUUUUAAAAAAAAAAUCUUGUUUCGGUUUAGUUUCUGAAAUGCGGCAGGUUUUGUUUAGCGUUCCACACCCUCCCUUUUGUUAUGGUCAUUUCCACGGCGAGCAAUUUUUACUUGGUUGUAUCUCAGCGGUAACGUUGGAAUAUAAUCUGGUGAGUUUCUUGUAUUUUUUUUUCAUGUCGUGAGCUGGUGUAAACGAUUGUUGAUUAUAAUCCUUUCAGUUCAACCACGA